UCGUCCCUGACGCCGGCCCUUUUGUAUGCAAAACAUCGCCGGUCCAUUGCGACAAGUGAUUGCCUCAUUCGGUCACUUCACUGGACGUUUCACCGCGGCCGGGGCGUCGGCAGAAGUCUUGAGGGGCCGUCCACCCUCACUCCCGUUUUCUCAUAUAAUCUGUACUUGUUUGAAAAAAAGAUAAAGUUUCCCUCAUCCUUUUUUUUAAAAAAAGUGUUCAAAUGUUGAUGUUGCCUCAAAAGGGGUUUUGUAGCUGGGGGGGGGGGAAGACAACAAAAAUUAAACCUCCCAAUUCCACUCCCCUCAGUGCCCACUCUGCGCAGGUGUUGAAUACCAGUUGCAGCAGCAGGAAGCGCGUGAGAUGGCGGUAGCCCGUCGUGAGGCGGCGGCGACGGUUGCUGAAGCCGUUGUUGCUAAGGGCGGUUGUUAGGGAGGCGCGCGCGGGUGGAGCAGCACCCUGGAUGACCGUGCUGAGCGGUGAUGGCGAUGCCGCAGGUUUGAACCAAGUACAAUAUGUCAGAAUAUCCACAACUUCUUCGCAGACCAUUGCCACCAAAAGAUGCAAUACCUGCAAAAUCCUGUGAACUGAAGAGUAGACCUCCUGAUAAAAUUCCUACGAAAAAUGCAGAAUCUCCCAAGGGUGAACGCAAGAAGGAAUAUGCAAAAGAAUCAGACUCUACCAAUCAACUGGAGACACCCUGCUGCUCUUCUGCUCCGAAUAAAUUUCUUUCCUGGGAUUUUGCCGUAUGUGGACAGGAUGAUUUGAGUUUUGCAGAGGAUGACCUUUGGUACAGUUUGAAUGGUUUUCUUCAGGAACCCAGUGUGAGAGUUCCACGUUUGCAAAGUAAAGGCAUAGUUUUAUCCCGUUACAACUAUGAAAAAAUUAUGAGGCUCCUUGCUGCUGAGUUACGGAAUCAGAACCAGGAGAAAGUGAACAUUGUAGAAUUGCCUAUUGAUGAUAUUCCACCUGUGUUGAGACGAGUACCUGAGAGACAGCGCACUAUUGAAAUGAUUGCUGCUGCUAGGCACUUAGAAAAUGACCUAAAAAGUGGUAUUGGGCCAGAACUGCCUGGCUAUACAGGAGCAGGACCAAGUAUUGAAGGAGAUAACGAAAUUGUUGAAUCUUCAGACAGUGAAUCCCUAGAAUCAGAGGAAAAACCAGAAGGAAACAUAAACCCAUAUGCUCUUCUUGUUCUAAGAACCCUAGCAAUCAGGAAAGAUUCUUUAAACCUCAGGGGUCAUUUUCUUCACCAACUUCCUGAUCUGACUGCACUUGUUUCCAUAUUGAAGUAUCUGAACCUGUCGUUCAACACUUUACAGGACAUUCCUGUGGCGAUUUAUAGAUUCUCCCACCUUGAAGUGCUAAAUUUACGAGAUAAUCCUAUAGAGGAGAUUUCUUCUGAUAUUGCAAAACUGACGAAUCUGAGAAUCUUUAAUGUUUCUUUCUGCCAGAUUUCCACCCUGCCUGAUGGAUUAUUCCGUUUAUCAAAUCUCCAGUCCCUGAAUGUUGCCUAUAACAAGAUUUCAGUUAUUUCCAAUGACAUUAAGAACUUAAGAAAACUUCAGUUUUUAAACAUUGCAGGAAAUGAGCUGACGACAUUGCCCAAUGACCUCCUUCAACUCAAGUUAAAGCAAUUGCGUUUGGAGAAUAAUUACUUACAUCCUUUGUUCUGGGAAGAAAAUGCUCGGAACCAACCACAACGACUGACUGACCUAGCUGCUGUUACUUUCUCCAAGGGCCACUUAAUUCAGCAGCACACAAACAUUCCUAAAGAGGUACAAGCUGUACUUAACAAUGCAACUAUGUGUGAGUGCUGCAGAGGACCUUUGUUUGGCCCAGGAAUUAAACUGAUCAAGCCACGUAAGACAGUCUUUCACACUGAAAGCCUCCCGUUCUUGUAUCAUGCCUGUUCACCAUCUUGCCAUAAAUGGUUCAUAUCCAAGAGUGGCUGAAUGUAUUCUUCACUAAGCUUUGGCCUACUGGAAAAAGAAGUAUAUGAGGACCAUGUUCAAUUUGAUAUGGGAGCCUUUAUGAACUCCUGGUAAACAUUUCAUUUCAGCACUGUAAACAUUGUUCAGUGUUCAUAUCUUAAGUGGUCAUAAAGUAUUUACUGUGCACACUUGUAAGCAAAUUAAUUCAGCAGUACGAGUAAUUAUUUAAAUUCAGCAAGACACUGUUUUAAAGUGUUGACCUAAUUUGACUUGCUGUCAACUCAUGAAAACUCAUGUGGCUUAGCUGUUUAAUGAGGUUUUUAAAAGGGGAUCCACAUUUUAAAAUAUUAAAAUACAAAUCUUGAUUUUAGAUGCAAACAUACUCACCAUUGCAUCCUUCAAACUGACAAUCUUCGAAACAAUUGUACUACUGCUUUUGCAAACUAUUCAUAGCAUACUUAAUAUUUGAAAAUACUUAACAAAAUUCCUAAUUCUUACCUAUUUGUGUAAUGAGCACCACACUACUCCAGUGUUGGUCCUUAACACAAAAAUGUGAUAAGGAUUGAAAAUUCAUUUUGGUGUAGAAAACAGGUGGUUGAGGACCGGAUAAGUCUGCAAGGCUUUGACGAGUGGAAUUGUGCAUCCAUUGGUUUGACUUUCCAACUGUUCGUAAUUCUCAUAAUAACAUAGGUGGUUGCUUAGAAUGUUGGUUCAAUUAGGCACUAAAAAUGGUGCAGUUGUGUACGCUUUUAGUCACAAUUCAGGCAUUAUACUCUGGAGUGAGACUGUCUGUUGAAUGAGUAGCUCAAAUUUCAUGAUAGUAAAGCAGCAACAAGCAUCCUGAAUUUAGAAGUAAUGAAGAAAAUAUAACAAUCUCAGAAACUGAGGUAUUUAAGUAAUUUCAGAAACUUUAGUUCAUCCAGUUUUCUUGUCACAUACUCAAAUAUUUUUGAGCUAAAUGAAAUUUUCUAAUUUAAACAUUAAAAAUCACUUAUUUCCUGCAUGAUUAACAUUACCUGUGAAAUUAUUUUGUAUCCUCUAUUUGUUUUUUGCUCAGAGGUCUGAGCUUCAUUUGAAAGCCCAAGGAUGGAAUUGAUAUUCUUUCCCGAGCUCUCAAACUGUCAACUGAAUGCAGUUAAUGACUGCCUACAAUUUCUAUGUAGACACAGUCUGAUGAUGGUAGUGUGUCCAGGACCUCUCAACAUGUGCCGUAAUGAAUCAUGCAGUGUUGCUAGAAACAUGAAUUCCGUUGGUUAUGGCAGUAUUAUAUCAAAUUAUUUCUAAACAAAUCAAGCAUUAAUUUCUCUAGCUUCUUGCGAUAAAGUUUGAAAGGUUGAGAAAAAUCUAAUUAAAGUGCUUAAUUUGUUACUUCAGAGAUGCCAUUGAGAAAAACAAAUAAAAAUACAUCAGAUUACUGACCUGUGUUUCUGUUUAUACUGAAAAUUUUAAAACAGUCUUCACUUUGUCCUAGUGACAAAUUCAAGAUGUGUCUUGCCUGAGGUUAUAAUAGUAUUCAUGUGGUUUGUUUAUCCAAAUGAACAAAGCAAAAAGUUUUAGAAUUUUUUUUCUUCCUGUAGUAAUUUAUCAAGUGUGUCUUUACUUCAGAGAGAGGCUGCCUUGGAAAUACAGAGGAUUGAUUAUAGUAUGAAUGCCUUUUGUGUUUAUAAUGAAAGUCUGUAAAAAGCGUGAUUUUGUUAUCCAGAAAGAUUGAUGCAGUUGUACUAACUAUUUAACCAGCUGGAAUUGUCACAGGAAAUGCAGUAUUUAUUUUCCAGGAAUCAAUCAAAAAAUAUUUGUUUCACAGCACCCAGCCAGGUUUUAGGCAUCUCUUUAUAUGUGGAGCUAUAUACUUCUUCACCAUAUUCGAGGCCCCUUAGAGAGACAUAGCACUUGCUGACCUUGAAUCAGGAUAUGAGAAAUUUGCCUUGAAAUUACACAUAUAAAAAAUACAGUCCGCACACAUCAUGCUUUGUUGCAGAUGCAAAAACAAUUUAAAGUUUCGGAUGCUUUUCUGAUGCAGCUGAUGUGCACAUUUCAGCUGCAAAAUUCGUUGACUGUAAAUUCAUUAGGUGCUGAUCUGAAAUAUUGCAAAUAUUAUUGCAUUUAUCUUAGUUGACACUGCAGUUUCAUCUAGGGCUAAUAUUUCACACUUCAUUUAUUUAAUUUGAAUGAAUACAGCGAUUUCACUGAGAUGAAUCGUAAAAUAAUUUGUAAAUCAAAGAAGGACUUUUCUCGGGCUACCUUUACUAUUGCAGCUAGUUCAUAUCUUGCAGUUCCUUGUAUUCCUGUCACGUUGUCAGAUUUCUCUUUAACAUUCCCUGUUUUUUGUAAUAAUCUUUUAUGUUUCAUCACUUCACUGCUGCGAUGUCCAUUAGUUUGGCCCCAAUUUUCUCCUGUCUGUAAUUAAUUUCCCCUGACUAAUCAGUUAAUAGAUUUAACAUCUUUACAUUUCACUUGCAAGGGGAGAACUGGAGAAGGAAAUUUUGUCAGUUGAUCAAUAAUAAAACUUAUGUUU